AUGACGACGCGUAUCGCGCCCGGCGUGGGCGCGAACCUCCUCGGGCAGCACUCGGCGGAGCGCAACCAGGACGCCACCACCUACGUUGGCAACCUCGACCCGCAGAACCGCAUAUUCCUCCCUUUGGUAUCAUUAUUUCCAGACAUCCAUGCUGAUAGUUCUUCCUGUAUCAUUUUACAGGUUUCUGAGGAAUUACUGUGGGAGUUGUUUGUCCAAGCAGGCCCUGUUGUUAAUGUCUAUGUCCCAAAAGACAGAGUUACAAAUCUACACCAGGGCUAUGGGUUUGUAGAAUUUAGGAGUGAGGAAGAUGCAGAUUAUGCUAUUAAGAUUUUGAACAUGCUCAAAUUGUACGGAAAGCCAAUAAGAGUAAACAAGGCUUCCCAAGACAAGAAGAGCUUGGAUGUGGGUGCGAAUCUUUUUAUUGGCAAUCUUGAUCCGGAAGUCGAUGAGAAGCUUCUCUAUGAUACCUUCAGUGCAUUUGGUGUGAUUGUGACCAACCCUAAGAUAAUGCGGGACCCUGAAACUGGAAAUUCUCGAGGUUUUGGCUUUGUGAGCUAUGACUCCUUUGAAUCAUCUGAUCAAGCUAUAGAGGCCAUGAACAACCAGCAUUUAUGUAAUCGGCCAAUCACUGUCUCAUAUGCUUACAAGAAAGACACGAAAGGAGAGCGCCAUGGCACACCAGCAGAGAGGUUGCUUGCAGCGAAUAACCCAGGAUCUCAGAAGCAUAGGCCUCACACAAUGUUUGCAACUGCUCCGCCAACCCAAGGGCUUCAAAAUGGUGGUGUUGGUGCACCUGUGCCACGGCCUUUUGCCAAUGGGAAUGUCCCAGGACAGAUGCAACAUGUCAGACUGCCGCCGCCACCUGUUGGUCAAUACCCUCCCAUGCAGAUGCAUGGACAGCCUGCCUGGCCUGGUCCUCCACAGAAUAUGCAACAAGUACCACCUCCUAUGCAACAGCAGCUUCAAUACAGGCUUCCAGGGAUGCCCCCACCGCCGCAAAACAUGAUGCCCCCACCGCAAAACAUGAUGCCGCCACCUCAUCACAUGGCCAGGCCGCCUCCGCCACCUCCCAAUAUGCAAGCACCACCUAUGUGGAGGCCACCCCCACCCCCACAACAAGGUGGUGGAAUGCCGCCACCUCCAAUGUCCAUGCCACCUCCUCCACCGCCACCUUCUGGUUAA